UCUGAUUUCAUUCGACUCAUUAUGCAUAAUUUCAUUUUCGAAAGGCAGUGUUGGUGGUCUGCUAGGAUUGGGGCUGAGAACGCGAGAAGUGGAAGAACAAGUGUUCGUGCUCUGCUAGAGUUGGGGUUGAGAACGCGAGAAGUGGAAGAGCAAGUGUUCGUGCUGCAUGAGAAGUCGAAGAGGAAGUGUUCAUGCUAUGCUAGGGUUGGGGUUGAUAGAGAAAUCGAGAACUCCAUGGGUUCCAUUUAAUCGGAGAGUUAUUCUCUUAAUUCUUCUUCCUACUUGCAAGUGGCUGGUGCAAAAGUUGUUUCAUCCGGAGAGUUUUGUUGAAUUAGUCAAUCAAAGCAUAGAGAUAGUUGGAAGAGUCAUUAUGGAAAAACAGAUUUGGACAAUGGAACAUGUUUUAUUUGGUCAGAAGAAGUUGUCUAAAACAAAAAGUUGUUUACCUAGACUCCUUCAUUGGAUACAUGUUAAAGUUGGUGAUGUAGAACUUGAAAAAGCCUUUUUUUUGUAAUGAAGUGAGAUUUAAAUAGCUUCUAGUAAUUAUUUGUUGUGUAAUUUGUAAUGAUUUUAAUAUGAUUUGUGUGCUUAUUUUGUUUUGUAUAGGUCAUUACUGAGGUAUAUGUAACCAAUGAAGAGAUGAUUACUGAAAUAGUUAAAGAAGCCUUAGUUGGUCAUCAUAAUGCUAGAGUGAAGAAGAACUUGCAAAGGUGAUCUAUGGCUGAUAUUGUUACAGAAAAUGAAGCUUUGCUUGCUAUCAUUGUUGACCAAGAGGCAUCCAUUGCCAAACUUGAGAAAGCGGUUGACAAGCUAGAAAUGUUUGUUGCAUAGAAGAGACAACGUGCUGAUGAUGUUGGGAACUCAAAUUCAAAUAAAGAUUAUGAAAAGUUAGUUCAUGAUUUUGGGACCAGUAAUUCAUAGGCAGAUUAUGAGUUAGUACUUUCUGGUGUUUUGAAGUCAAUUAGGAAGAAAUAUUUAGACAUGGAAGGUGAUGAUGUAGACAAGUCCAAUUCAGAGAAGGUUUCUGACAUGUUACUUGCUGAUUUCGGGACCACUAAUAUACAACAAGAUUAUGAGAUACUAGAUUUUGGUGUAAAGAAGUCAAAUAGUAAGAAAGAUUUAGUCAUGGAAGGUGAUGAUGUUGAGAAGUCCAAUUUAGAGGAGGUUUCUGACAUUAUACGUGAUGAUGUUGUAAAAAGUUUCAAUGAAAUAGGAUGUGAUGUUUUGGGUAAUGAAGAGAUGGAUAUUCAAAAUUCUGACAUUUUAAAAGCUCAACCUAGAAUGCGUGUGAAAAGUCUUAGUUUGAGGACCCCUGGGACAAUAUUGGAUAGGAAAAAAAAGUGUAGACGCAUUGAAUAGUUAAUGAACUUGUUUGUCUUUGUGUAUAUGCUUCAAUUCAUAAAUAUUGUUACCAAACACAAUUGUAAUUUUGAAUGAUGUAAAUUGUUGACAUUUUGUUAUGAAUAAAGUUUGAUUAUAUGAUCCAUUUG